CGCCGUGAGCAUCCCGCAAAGGAAUCGCGCUCCCUCCGCGAGAAUGGGAAACUGCCGGUCGUGGACGGGACUCACGCUCCUGUUCGCCGCGCUCCUGCUCGGCCCAAGGCGGCGCCUGACGGCGGAGGCGGCAGCGGCUUGUUUUGGCUGUGGAAAAUGUGACUGUAGUGGAGUAAAGGGGGAAAAGGGAGAGCGAGGUUUGCCAGGUUUACAAGGUUUGGUUGGGUUUCCUGGAGUACAAGGACCAGAAGGUCCACCAGGUUAUUCAGGACUGAAGGGUGAUACUGGAGAACCAGGACUACCAGGAACAAAAGGAACAAGAGGCCCUCCAGGUCCAGCAGGCUAUCCAGGCAAUCCUGGCCUACCCGGCAUUCCUGGAGGAGAUGGCCCCCCAGGUCCUCCUGGUAUUCCAGGAUGCAAUGGAACAAAGGGUGAAAGAGGUCCUGUUGGUCCCCCAGGUUUACCCGGAUUACCUGGAAAUCCAGGUCCUCCAGGACCUAUCGGAAUAAAGGGAGACCCAGGAGAAGUUAUUGGACUCAUACCAAAUGGUAUACUAAAAGGUGAAAAAGGAGUUCCUGGCGAACCUGGAUUACCGGGAUCACCUGGAUCACCAGGCAUCAAUGGCCCUAUUGGACCACCUGGACCUUCUGGAAGACCAGGUCCUCCAGGGCCACCUGGUCCCCCAGGUGAGAAGGGUCAUAUGGGUCUGAGUUUCCAAGGACCAAAAGGUGAUAAGGGUGAACGAGGUGUUAUGGGCCCUCCUGGUCCGCAAGGAGCUGCUCCACAAAUGCAAGAGAAAGGCACCAUAGUUAUACAUGGAGAGAAAGGUGAUCCUGGUGAAAAGGGUGACCCUGGCUCUCCAGGAUCACCAGGCCUAAGCAGCAAAGGGGAAAAAGGUGAACCUGGAAAAUCUGGUCCACAGGGAAGACCUGGGAAGGAUGGAGAAGAUGGAGAGAAGGGAAGACCUGGAGAACCUGGCAAGCCAGGAUUUCCAGGACCACAUGGUACAACUGGCCCAAAAGGAGAUAAGGGUACAGCAGGUCCUCCAGGACUUCCAGGAAUAGUUAUAAGUCCAGGUGAAGAAGUUAUAGUAGGUGAAAAAGGAGAUCCAGGUCCUCAAGGGCUCCCAGGUGCAAAAGGUGAACCAGGUCAAAAAGGUUUUUCGGGUCUGCCAGGGCCACCAGGUCCUCCAGGGCAACCAAGUCCAGGAUUAAUAGGGGCACCUGGUUUUCCUGGUGAGAGAGGAGAAAAGGGUGACCGUGGCCCUCCUGGACAUUCUCUGUCUGGUGCAAAAGGAAAUGAUGGAUUACCAGGGCCUCGUGGUAUACCAGGACCUCCAGGCCCUGCUAUUGUAACAGAUGAAAUGCAGGCAUGUCAGCCUGGCCAACCUGGUGAUCCAGGCCCUCCAGGCCCUCCUGGGCAGCGUGGCUUCUUGGGAGAGAGGGGAGAAAAAGGUGCAAAAGGUGAAGGCUGCUUUACUUGUGAUGUACCUGGCCUUCCUGGAUCACCAGGCCCCCAAGGGCUUCCAGGAGAACCAGGUAUUACUGGACUACCUGGUGCUAAAGGUGACAGGGGAGCACCUGGAUUUCCUGGUAUUCCUGGAAUGGCAGGGACCCCAGGUGAUUCUGGAUUGAUUGGAAGCCCAGGAGCAAAAGGAGAACCUGGAGAUGUUUUCUUUGACCCUAACUUAAAAGGUGAUAAAGGAAAUCCUGGUUUCCCUGGUCUUCCAGGUACUCCUGGUAGAGAAGGAAGACCAGGAAAGGAUGGUCUGCCAGGUGCUCCAGGUCCCAAAGGGGCAUCGGGUACGGUGGGGUUAAAAGGAGAUCAUGGUCCCCCAGGAGUAAGAGGUUUUCCAGGAACCCCUGGAGAUAGAGGCCUUCCAGGUCCUCCAGGAGUUGGACUUGCUGGACCACCUGGUGAUAAAGGGGAAGAAGGUAUUUCAGGAAACCCUGGCACACCAGGACUUCCAGGACCCAAAGGUGAAGCUGGGCAUGCCAUUGCUCUGCCUGGUCCCCCAGGACCUGAUGGUAUUCCUGGAACUCCUGGAUUUCCAGGCAUCCAAGGUGAAAAGGGAGAUCCUGGGAUCCCAGGAAGACCUGGCCUGCCAGGUGAAAAAGGUCUAACAGGACUACCAGGAAUAGGCCUUCCUGGCCCUCCAGGGCCUCCAGGUUUCCCAGGUGAGCCAGGCACACCAGGCAUAACUGGGAAGAAAGGAGAUCUGGGUUUCCAAGGGCCACCAGGUAUACCAGGAUUACAAGGUCAAAAGGGUGAACCUGGACUAGGCCUUCCAGGCCCUAAAGGUUUUCCUGGCCCCAAGGGACGAGAUGGUCUUUCUGGAGCAAAAGGCGAUCAAGGCUUGCCUGGUAUACCAGGAGAAAAAGGAUUUCCAGGUGUAGCUGGCCAGCCAGGACUCCAAGGUGAUCCUGGCCCUCCUGGAUUACCAGGUCUACAGGGUUCCCCUGGGAUACCAGGAAUAGGUCCUCCUGGCCCUCCUGGCCCUCCAGGACAAUCUGGGCCUCAGGGACCAAUAGGAGUUCCAGGAAUAAAAGGAGAAAAAGGCUACCCAGGAAUUCCUGGAGAACAUGCGCCUGGGCCAAAAGGAGACAAAGGUAGCCAAGGAUUGCAUGGGCUGCCAGGGCUGCAAGGAUUGCCUGGCCCACCUGGCCCACAAGGACGAGAAGGGCAGCCAGGUGUUCCAGGAAUCAAAGGAGAAAUGGGAGUGAUGGGAACCCCUGGAAUCCAGGGGCCUCCUGGCCCUAUUGGAUCUCCUGGUAGUCCAGGUGAAAAAGGUUACUCAGGCCUUCCUGGAGUAGCAGGAAUUAGAGGUGAACCUGGUUUAAAAGGUGAAAAGGGUGAAACAGGUCUACCAGGAGAGCCAGGAUCAAUGGAGCAUGUAGACAUGGAGAACAUGAAAGGCCAAAAGGGAGAGCAAGGAAAUAAAGGACAACAUGGACCAAUAGGCGAGAAGGGAACUCAAGGGGAACCUGGUACACCUGGAAUGCCUGGGAAGGAUGGGGAAUCUGGUUUGCCUGGCCCAGCAGGACCAAAGGGAGACCCAGGCCCACCUGGAUACCAGGGUGAACCAGGAUAUCCUGGACAAAAGGGAUCAAUAGGGGAAAUGGGUCUGCCAGGGCAGCCAGGAGAAAAGGGUGUGCAAGGUCUUCCAGGUGAGACAGGUAAACCAGGAUUUCCUGGUGUGAAAGGCGAGAAAGGCAGCAAAGGAGAACCUGGACUUCCAGGAACUGGCUUUCCAGGUGCCCCUGGUGAGAAGGGAGAACCAGGAAGGACAGGCAGCCCAGGCACGCCUGGGGAAAAAGGUGAAAAGGGUGUUCCAGGAAUUGCGGGUAUCCCUGGUUCCCCAGGUGCCAAAGGGCAAUCAGGUCUUCCAGGUUCUCCAGGUGUUCCAGGUAUCCCAGGUGAAAAAGGUGAAAAGGGAUUUCCAGGCCUGAGUGGUUUUCCAGGCACAAAAGGAGAAACAGGUGACCCUGGGCCCCAAGGUCCACCAGGUACUCCUGGAGGAAAGGGUGAACCAGGUUAUGAUGGAAUCCCGGGCUUACCUGGUGCAAAAGGUGACCCAGGUAUUCCAGGAAGAGGACUUCCUGGACUUCCAGGUACAAAGGGAGAAAAAGGUUCAAAAGGAGAUGUGGGCUUCCCAGGAUCCCCAGGAAGUCCAGGGAUUCCUGGUGCAAAAGGAGAAUUAGGAUUUGUUGGUCCGCAGGGUCCACCAGGCCAGCCAGGCAUUCCUGGAUUACCAGGCAGAUCCAUAGAGGGGCCAAAGGGUGAUCGGGGACCCCAAGGGCAACCUGGGCUUCAAGGGCUUCCUGGACCACAGGGAACUCCAGGUGUUCCAGGCUUAUCAGGAACAAAAGGAGAAAAAGGAAGCCCAGGCUGGCCAGGACCAUCUGGAAGACCAGGAUCCAAAGGUGACCAGGGAUCUCAAGGAAUCCCUGGUAAUGCUGGCUUCCCUGGAGCUGCUGGCCAAAAAGGUGACAUGGGACCUCCUGGAAUUCCAGGUCCUCAAGGCCUAAAAGGUUCUCCAGGGUUCCAGGGACUCAAAGGAGAACAAGGUGAUCAGGGACUACCUGGUGCUAAAGGUUUCCCUGGACCACCAGGGCCUCCAGGCCCUUUCCAGCUUCUGAAAGGUGAACCAGGUUUACCUGGUCUUGUAGGCCCAGUUGGCCCCAAAGGACUUCCUGGGCCUCCAGGACCAAAAGGACAACAAGGUGUAACAGGAGCUGUGGGUUUGACUGGUCCUCCAGGCAUUCCUGGAUUUGAUGGAACACCUGGUCAGAAAGGAGCAACUGGCCCUUUUGGUCCCCCAGGUCCUAGAGGCUUUCCUGGCCCACCUGGUCCUGAGGGAAUGCCAGGAUUAAUGGGUCCAGCUGGCAGUCCUUCUGUAGCUCACGGGUUCCUUGUAACCAGGCACAGCCAGACCACAGAAGAACCAUCAUGUCCAUCUGGGACAAGGCUAAUGUUCUAUGGGUAUUCUUUGCUUUAUAUACAAGGAAAUGAACGGGCCCAUGGCCAGGACUUGGGCACAGCGGGAAGCUGUCUACGUAAAUUCAGCACAAUGCCCUUUCUGUUCUGUAACAUUAACAACGUCUGCAAUUUUGCCUCAAGAAAUGAUUAUUCUUACUGGUUGUCUACUCCUGAGCCAAUGCCAAUGAGCAUGGCACCCAUUACAGGAGACAACAUCCAGCCUUUCAUCAGUAGGUGUGCUGUGUGUGAAGCUCCUGCUAUGGUGAUAGCAGUUCACAGUCAAACAGUUCAAAUUCCACCAUGCCCGGAAGGCUGGAGUUCCCUGUGGAUAGGCUAUUCCUUUGUGAUGCACACCAGUGCUGGUGCAGAGGGUUCAGGGCAAGCGCUGGCAUCUCCAGGCUCCUGUCUUGAAGAGUUCCGCAGUGCUCCUUUCAUAGAAUGUCAUGGAAAAGGCACCUGCAAUUACUAUGCUAAUGCAUACAGCUUCUGGCUUGCCACUAUUGAGAGAAAUGAAAUGUUCAAAAAACCUACUCCUUCCACACUGAAAGCUGGGGAACUACGUUCAAAUGUUAGCCGUUGCCAAGUCUGUAUGCGACGUACAUAAUGGCUUGCUAGUUGUGCUUAAUGUCACAAUAUGGUGCUAUAGCAGUGAAGGUAUGAAAACAGGUGUGUUUCUAGGUAUGAAAACAGUAAACUCUUUUGGCCCUUUACUUGUGGAAGAGAAGACAACACAAUGAAGAGAAACAUCAAAUAGCACUUUUGAAGAAACAUGAUAUAUAUUAAUGUAAUGCACUGAUACUUACUCUAAAUCUGGGGGUGGGAGGGGAAGCCAGAGGUGCUAGGAGGGAUGCAGAACUUCCCUUUUCCCUUUGUAUGAAUAAAAUAUCUAUGGUUAUGUUAUCAUUUUUUCCUAACUCCUAUUUUGAACUCCUAGGCUAUUUAGUAUGUACUUAAGAUCAUUGAACAAAGAAGAAUUCUGGUAAGAGAGUAUGACCCAGCAAACUUUCUUACUGCAACAAUGGAGCAUACUGACAGGCAGAUAUUUUCUCUUGCCUAAUUUCUAUGUUUCAUUAAGCAGCUACAGGCCAGAGGAAAUAAAGUUGUUCCUGAUCUAUAAAAUAUGUUGCCCUCUGGCUUUUUAGCACCAGUUUUCCUGUGGAAUACAGAAUAGUCCAGUAUAAAUAAAAAUAUGCAAGUGCUUAAUAUUUAUCUCAACAAUUUGGCAAAUGAUGCUUUGGGUUUUGGGUUUUUAUUAUUACAGCAUUAAUAUCCAGCACUUAUACUAGAAGAAAAGCAUGACCAUUCAGUUCUCAUUAAUAUCCAAGCUGGUAAACCAAAUCUAGCCAUUCUGGCUAUCUCAUGAUCACAACAAUAUGAUGUUGUGCUUUGAACUUUCUGUUUAUGUAUUUAAGAUGUUCAGGGUUUUAAUUACUACUGAAUUACUUGAUCCUAAACACAUAACAGGCCUUAGAUUAAUAUUCUAAAUUUUUAAAACUCCUCAAUAGAUUUAUAUUUGGUUUCUAUAAAAUAUACCAACAUUUCAGAAAGUGUACAAAACAGAUUGUACCAAAGUUCUCACAACUAACUCCUAGAUGAUGUAUGUUUUGAAGAUUAAAGUUUGUAAUAAAACUAUUUGUGUAAAAAUCUAGGUUUUUACAAUGAUAUCUUUUUUUUAAAAUAAACUGCUUAUAAGCAACU